AUGGAAAAGCAGCAGCUUCUAGAAAUGGGUUUCUCCGACGAGUUAGUUUCUCAAGCUCUCUCCGCCACCGUCGGCAAACCCCUUUCUAGUGCCACCGAAUGGAUUCUCAGCCAAGAAUCGAGAACCGACAGCAAAAGAUCCCCAGUCCUUACCCCAUCUCCUUCUCAGCCCAAAAUCAAUCCCUUCUUUCGUUUAAAUUCCGCAAAGAAACCACGACACUCACCCGACAAUCACCAGCAACCACCGGCGGUGGAGCCGGAAUCAUCACCACAACCAGAACCCAAAAAAAGGAAGCAGCCUCCGCCUCGCAACGAACAACCGUUGGCUGAGCGUAUGCGGCCUCACACCAUCUCCCAAAUCGUAGGACAAGACCACCUCCUCGCCGAUAAAUCCUCUAUUCUUCGGUCCGCCAUCGACCGUGAUCGCUUGCCCUCGUUGAUCCUCUGGGGCCCGCCUGGUACCGGUAAGACCUCCAUUGGUCGAGCCAUUGUUAAUUCCUGUUCAUCAUCUUCGUCUUAUCGAUUUGUUACUUUAUCUGCUGUAACUGCUGGCGUAAAAGAUGUUAGGGAUGUAGUAGACGAAGCUAGAAAACGCAAAAAGAAUACCAUCAAUGGCACCAUUACGAGAACAGUAUUAUUCGUAGAUGAAGUUCAUAGGUUCAACAAGUCACAAUUGGACUCUUUCUUACCUGUAAUCGAGGACGGUAGUAUCAUCUUCAUCGGCGCUACCACCGAAAAUCCUUCCUUUCAUCUGAUAACACCAUUGUUAUCUCGUUGUAGAGUCCUCACCCUUAAUCCCCUUCAACCCCACCAUGUUUCCACCAUCCUUAAGCGAGCUACAGAGGAUUCCGACACCGGUUUAGCCCAGAGUGUAGGGAGAGCAAUCAAUGUGAAUGAUGAAGUCAUUGAGUUUUUAUCACAGCACUGCGAUGGAGAUGCAAGGGUCGCAUUGAAUGCCCUUGAAAUUUCCGCCAUUACUGCUUCUUCCCGCUUAGGUAGUGCUACAUCAGACAAUUCUGAUUCUGCAGCGCUUUUGGGUGUCACCAUUGAAGAUGCAAAAGAGGCGUUACAAAGCAAGCAUCUUUCAUAUGACAAAAAUGGUGAACAACACUACAAUUUAAUCAGUGCACUUCAUAAAUCCAUGAGAGGAAGUGAUGCAAAUGCAUCAAUAUAUUGGUUGGCUAGAAUGUUGGAAAGUGGUGAACAGCCUCUUUACAUUGCACGUAGACUCAUACAGUUUGCCAGCGAGGAUGUUGGGUUGGCAGACACGUCAGCUCUCACUCAGGCUGUUUCUUGCUAUCAGGCUUGUCAUUUUAUUGGUAUGCCAGAGUGUCGCGUCAACCUGGCGCAGUGUGUUGCUUACCUGGCACUUGCUCCUAAAUCCAUAGCUGUAUAUAGAGCACUAGAGGCUGCCACGAAGGCUGUUAAAGAUUCAAUUGGGCAAAAUGAAGGAGUGCCUUUGCAUCUGAGAAAUGCUCCUACUAAGUUGAUGAAAGAACUUGGAUAUGGCAGUUUUGGUGCUGAUAAAUAA